AUGCUGGCCAGGGCCGUAUUUGAUAAUUCCCUCGCGGAUAUCGCCACCAAAUUGGACGUGGCGGCGGUCGCGCGGGCCGAAGCCGAGGCGUGGCCGGCCGAGUACGUGCGUCAGCUAUCCUCGGCGAGGAAUUGGGACGUCAACGAUGACGCCUCGGCGGCGGCGGCGCCGGACCAGGCGUUCCGCGAGAGCCGACUCGAGACCUUUACGCGGUUCCGCGUCGGGGUCUCGCAGGACGCCGGGACGUACAGGGACCUGCUCCUGGUGGAUGUCGAGGACCGGGAGGGUCCGAACGUCUCCCGCGAGGUGCGUCACGAGGGGUUUUUCGAAUCCGUGGUCGAGGUGGGUGAUGGGGAUGGGGUUGUCUAG